AAUGAGCCUAAUUCUGGUGACCGGCAUGCCGGGAGUUGGUAAAACGACCAUAAUGCGUAAAUUGAGCGUUGAGCUAGCAAAGCAGAACAUUUCCGUGGCCGGCUUUUACACGGAAGAGGUUCGCGAUGGGAAAACGGGUGAUCGAACCGGAUUCGAUGUGGUAACGUUCGAUGGACAGCGAGCAGCUCUAGCAAGAACAACCACAGCCGGAAAUUCCAGUACCAGCCGUAAUCCUACCGUUGGACGUUACUCGGUUUGUCUGGAAGAGUUCGAACGACUCGCUAUUCCUGCACUGGACCGAAGAAGUGCCGACAUACUGUUGCUGGAUGAGAUUGGUCGAAUGGAGCUAAAGUCACGCCGGUUCCAUGAGCGCAUGGACGCAAUCAUUAAGGAAGUAGAAACCGGUCGCAUACGGUUUGUUGCAACUGUACCGUUAAAAUCGGCCGGAAUAGAUGUGAUUGAACGAUUGAAGCGUAUCACCAACUGUCAAUUGUUUCACGUGAAACCAUCCAAUCGGGAUGAAAUGUACGGUGAUGUGAAGGAUGCUGCGCUGUGUUUAAUUAGAGGUUAA